AUGUUUCUUCUAAAAUUACAAAUUUUUCUAAUAAUUUUUUUGUAUGUAAACAGUGAAAAAAGUCAGAAAUUAAAAAUAAUAAAAUCAUUUAAAAAUGGUACAUGUUUAUAUAAAAAUAAAUUAUAUUCAAUGUAUUAUAAUAUACCACAUAGUAAUAUUACUAUUAAAGGGCAUCCCUUUUCUUGUCAUUUAUUAAAAUAUCUAAAUUAUUUUAAAAUGUUAGAUGAUGAUGAUUAUGUAGAUUUAGUAAAUAAUCGUAUGCCAAAAAUAAAAGUUGUGACAGCUUUUUCUGAAAAUCAUCGUGAUGAAGCAGCAUUAUUAUUAGCAUCAUUCAAAAAACAUUUUCCCGGACAAAAGAUAAUUGUUUACAGUUUAGGAUUGAAAAAAAAAACUAAGAAAUUUUUAAAAAAAUUAUGUUUUGUUGAGUUUAGAAAUUUUAAUUUUAAAAAGUAUCCUAAGCAUGUCUCAAAUAUUAUGAAUUAUUCUUUUAAAAUUCUUGUAUUAGCUGAAGUUUUAAAAGAAUAUGGUUCAGUUAUAUGGGCAGAUGCAAGUGUUAGAUUUAGAAAAAGAAAAAUAAAAUAUAUUUAUAAUCUUUUUAAUUGUAAAAAUGAUAAAUCAUUAAAUUAUAAAUAUGGAGAACAAAAAGCAAUAGAAAAGGUACGUGGUCGAAAAGAAUUCAAAAAUAUAUAUAGACACUUAAAAUGCAAAAGAUGUUUUUGGAAGUAUCGAUAUUCUGGUUUCAGUAAAAAUGUUUAUAAAUUUAAUAUUAAUCAUUGUUAUAAAUCUGAUAUGUUAUUAACAAUACCAACAUUUCAUGGAAUUUUAUCAACAACUCAUCCAACAAUUUUAGAAUAUUUUCCAACUAAUAUUCAUAGAUAUAGUAAUACAACAAAUAAUCUUCAUCGUCAAUAUGAUGCAGCAUUUUCAAUAACUGUUAAAACAAAAGAUAUUGUUAAAAAAGUACUUAAAUGGGCAGUAUUAUGUGCAUUAACUAAAAAUUGUAUUGAAGCCGAAAAAUGGCAUGGUUGUGAUGGAUUUACUAGAAAAAAUAUUUUUUCAUCAACCAAUAUUUGUUAUAGAUUUGAUCAAACAAUUAUUUCAUUACUUUUACAUAAUUCAAAUAAUUAUGAUAAUAGAAAUUAUGUUACUGAAAUUCAUGACUUUGUUGAUGUUGUCAGAGAUUCAAGAACAAAAUUAAAUAAUCUUAAGAAUACGUGCUAA